ACUUCUUGCCGACGAAUUCCCACAAUUUAUUGCACUUACUGUUGGGGUUCGACAAAAGAAACUACCGCCACCAGCCAGCGUGGCUACGAAAUUGAAACAAUAUUCAUUGGCAUUGAUCAAAGCAUGGCACGACAAAUUUGCCAACAAGUAUCGCCCCAUUGCGAUUGCUUACGAUUAUCUUCAACAUAACGGAGUACUAGCAGCGGAUCAGCCAUCCCUCAAUUCGAUCCAUUCACAAAAUGAAGACAGAGCCAAUAGACUGGCCCGAAUGCAGCCAGUGUAUGAACGACGAUUAGAGCAAAUUGCGAGCGAAUCUGAAGAGCAACUUCCCAUUAUCUAUGAGAACCUACAGCAAAUGGAAGGUUGUUUUGAGAUAUUGAUACCUAAAUACGACGAUGCUUCAGGCAUCGAUUUUGAUGCUUUGAUGAAAGGAGAUAUAGAAUCUUCGAAAGUCGAGGCGCAAGAUCACAAUACCUAUAAAGAGGAAAUCAGAUCGCAUGGUCUGGCAUCUAAUCGGUACAAAUUGGAGAUAGUCAUGUCCGAGAACCCUGUGGCCGACGAGGUACACGAGUCCAAUGAAAAUCAAGUUAUAUUUGAACAACUGCGUGAAAGCUAUAAAGUGGCUCGCGAUAAACAUGCCAAAGAGCUGAACGGAUGGAUCAAUAGUCUUGGGCGUAUGGAUUUACAGAAUAGCGAAGGGCGGAGGACUCUUUUGAAGAAAUUGCUGGAUGUCAAGGCAGAAAUGACUGAAACUAUACGGAAAGCCGAGCUUCUCGGUAUACGGCUACCUGCAGAUGACAACGCUGAAGAGUCGGAAGACGAGGACGAGUACCUGGAUGAACUUUUUGAAGAAGUGGAAUUACCUUCAUCUUCUUCUAGGGCAAAAAAGAAUGAGAAAAAUCCUAGGUUGCCACCUGCUCAGCGGAUUUUCCCACUUGCUUUUGAACCAGGGAUGGAAGAAGAUGUCACCUAUAAUAGGGCACACGUAUUCCCAGAAGUGAAAUCAUCAACCAUAUCUGGCCAAGAACGAGAAGCAGCAUUGGAAGACAAUGAUAAUAUUGACAGGUAAUGUGGACAUGAAUGGAUGGUAUAUUCUGUAACCAACUCCAAAAUAAAGGUCAAGUAAAGGAAAAGGAAAAGCAACGACGAAACCGAACCAAGAAGAACUUCUGAAACAAGCACCUGUUGUUGAGGUACAUAUGGUUGAGAGAUAAAAGAGAGCUUUUGGACGGUCGUAUAUACUUGCUAAACUUUGGUUAACCCUGUAGUGGGGUGACGAUCUGUUUUAUUGGGACAAAAACGAAGUGCAAUUUAACACCAGUGGCAUUGGUAAACAGAAGGGAAAAAACGUACAAACAGGUUUAGCAAUACGUCUAACAAAGGUGUACAUAGAGCGAUCCCAUCGAUUUAUGGGAGUCGGCGAGGGCUCCAACGAGAUGCCAGAGCAUUUACUGGAAC